AUGUCCAAUCUCAGGCCCGACGCUCGCGAGGAGCUUGGCUACUUUGACCUACCGCAUCACACUCAGCAGCCCUUGCCGUUGGACGGUGCUCUCGACAUAGACACCUCCGAUACCUCUCCUGGUUCGACAUCCGACUCUGACACUACCCGGUCGCCAUCUACCGCCGCGACCAGCUUGUGCGCCUCGCCUGAGCAGUCCGCUGUCCUUCCUGCACCAUCAUCGGGUACAGAGAUCCAGUCGGUCGUCACCAUGGCAGAGAGGGACGAUACUCUCUGGCCGACGGCGGACUCCCAUGAUUCGACACAUCUCGCGAUGCGGCACAUCGUGCCUAACGAGCAGACGUACCGCGAACUGGAGACGAAUGCCCGGGCUGCGAUCCGAAGAGGCCUCGAUGCUUCUACCGUCGCCUCAAAAGCAUCAGAGGUGUGUCGGAUCGGCGACCCGAAGGCCACACACUGCGUCUCAUGUGCGCUUGCAUACAGUCUGGGUUACCCUCUGGCCACGACACAAUACGGAGGCAUGCCGCAACGCAUAUCAGAUUGGAAGGACGAGCUGACGGCGGAGAAAUUGGCUGCCAGGGACAGUGAAGCAGAGACGGCUUGA